UAGGGAACAGGUCUCAGCCUCAGUUUGGGUUGCGUAAGAAGAAUCCCGGGACUGCUUUAGCUGUUACUUGGUUUCAGGGAGGGUCAAAAUGGGCUGAAUCCCAUUUUGAUCCUGAAACCAGGAUGCUGGUUUGGACACAGAGGUUGGACCACUAGGCUUCCGUUAUAAACAACUGUGCAAAAGUGAGUCUAGAAGUCUCUUCCUCCUUUUGAAAGGUUCCCCUCAUCUUUAGGAACCCCACUUUAAAACUUUGCCAGGGAACUCAAGCUUUCUCAGAGGCUUCAUCAUAGAACCUCAUGCAUCACAAAUGUUCCCACUGACACAGCAAUGCCUUAGAGAAUCUAAGGAAGCUGGUGUAUUUGGGCAUUGUUGCAAACAAAACGGAACAGGAAUUGGGAAAGCUGUGUCUGUCCCACUAAGUGCUUAUAAAUUCAAGAGGUAGUCUAUCCGCCCUCAGCUGAAACCUGCACCUCUGUACUGUCUGAGAGAAGACAAAGUCCUAAAGUGGGGCACCAAACUUCCAGAGCAGCUUCCAAACAGGUCUCAAUGCCAGGCCUACUCAGUGACAGCCUCAUCGACUGCCUACUCAGUGACUGCUUACACUACUCUCGGGAGAGUUGUCCCUUGCUGCCCUAAAGGGGAGGGCCCUCAUGGCCUGGCUGCAGGAAGCAGUCACGUGUGGGCCCUUUAUUAGACCCUGCCAUAUAAGCUCAGAACACCAGCGGCCAGGAGCUCUCUAGGCAAGGAUCAGCAAGCAAAGGCCAUGCUGACUGUAAUGCUGCUGAGUUGUGCCCUGCUGCUGGCACUGCCUCCCACGCUGGGGGUCCAGAUGGGCUUGGCACCCCUGGAAGGCAUCAGAAGGCCUGACCAGGCCCUGUUCCCAGAGUUCCCAGGUCUAAGUCUCAAAGGCCCGAAGAGGACAACCGCAGACCGGACAGAAGAGGCUCUGCUGAAGAAGGCAGAAGCUCUGGUGGAGGUGCUAGAUCCUCAGAACCGCGAGUCUCGUUCUCCGCGUCGCUGUGUAAGGCUGCACGAGUCCUGCCUGGGACAGCAAGUAUCUUGCUGCGACCCGUGCGCCACGUGCUACUGCCGCUUCUUCAAUGCCUUUUGCUACUGCCGCAAGCUGGGUACUACUACGAAUCUCUGCAGCCGCACCUAACCAGUGGAUGUUGGGCAAAGGCAGGGACGCGAAUAAAGGAUGGGACCAAUCCUAAA